AUUAUUUUUUGUUUAUUAUUGAUAAAAUAAUAAAUUUUAUAAAAAUGUUAAUAAUUGGCAAGUAAGAACUUUACAACUUUAAUGAUAUGUAGAGAGAAGACUGUUUUUGUUAAUUUUUAAGUGCAUACGGUGUUCACGAUAUUGUUCGAUGUUCAUUUCCUUUCAGACAAUUUGAUAAGGGAGAACGAUAAUGACCUAAUCUAAAAGAUUUUCUGCAAUCGUCACAUUUAUUCUCGAUAUUUAGUGAUCUUAAAAUGUGGAAUUUAUGAAACAGUAUGAAAUAAACAUUCCAUUAUGUCUGAAACCAGUCAGCCACUUGCAGCCCCCACUUCUCUCUCUACAUAUCAUCAAUUGAGUUUGACAGUUGAAUCUGCAAAUAUAAGAAGCACUGGCCUAUUUAAACCAAAUCCCUAUCUACAAGUUAUCAUAGAUGAUAACAUUUCAAGGAAGACUGAAGUUAUUAAGAACACUUUACAUCCAAAAUGGAAAGAAGAGUUCACAGUGUUGGUGACACCUCUAUCAAAAAUAACAUUUCGAUUGGCAGACCACCAUAGUUUUAGAAAAGACAAUAUUCUUGGAGAAAAAAGAGUAAAUUUCCUAAAAGUCCUCUUGUACUUCAAUGGGAAAAUUGAAAAUGUGGAGAUGACAAUAGAUUUAAUGAAAACUGUAUCACAGGAUAACUCAAGUUCAAACACAGAAGUAAAAUCUGCUGAAUUGGUGCUACUUCUUGAUGGGCUAAGAGUGGAGCCGGCGGUGUUGAGCCAAACUCAUGAAUUGUAUGGUGAACAGCUGAGUGCUAGAAGUCCACUAAAUGAUGGUGUACGAGCCAGAAACAGGUUACGUGCUACAUUAGAAUCAAUGAGGUCUAUGGCACGGCCACCUAACUUAAGGCCACCUCCGGGGCCUCCUCCACAUAUUAACGGGGCAGUGACAACAUCAGACGGGGCGGGGCCGUCCCACGAGACAGAGCCUCCGCCCGCGCACUCAGUUCUUCCAGUGCACCCGGCCCCACAGGCUCAACCUACUACAGCCAACAGUACCAGUACCCCAGAGGAACCAUUACCCCCAGGGUGGGAAAUGCGAUAUGACGUCUAUGGAAGAAGAUACUAUGUAGACCACAACACUCGUUCGACCUCCUGGGAGCGGCCCCAGCCUCUGCCCACCGGAUGGGAGGUCCGAAGAGACGGACGUGGUCGCGUAUACUACGUCGAUCAUAACACGCGUACUACGACUUGGCAACGACCGGAUACAGAGAGAUUGGCCAGAUUCCAACAUUGGCGCGGGGAGAGGAGACACGUGGUCGCCCAAGGCAACCAGAGAUUCCUUUACCCGCACCCGCAUCCACCGCAUCCGCCCAAUCAGGAUCAUGAACAGGAAGCUGCAGGAAGCAGCACGAACGUAGCGGCCCCACCGCCAAGUACAAGUGGAAGCAGCAACGCAAAUGUGAGCACUAGCGCAACGGCUAGCACGAGUCAAGCGAGCGAAGACGGCCUCGGUGCUUUGCCAGCGGGAUGGGAGAGACGCGUUCAACCAGAUGGACGUGUAUACUUUGUGAAUCAUAAGAACCGUACCACGCAAUGGGAGGAUCCAAGGACACAGGGGCAAGAAAUAAGCGCUUUAGAAGAGGCUUUACCGGCUGGUUGGGAAAUCCGGUUUACUGAAGAAGGGACGCGAUAUUUCGUUGACCACAACACCAGGACUACCACCUUCCAGGACCCCAGGCCCGGAGCGCCUAAGGGACCACAGGGCGCAUACGGAGUGCCGCGAGCGUACGAGCGUUCGUUCCGAUGGAAGCUGAGUCAGUUCCGUUAUCUCUGUCAGAGUAACGCUCUGCCCAGCCAUAUUAAGAUCACUCUGUCACGGCAGACGCUGUUUGAAGAUUCCUAUCACCAGAUAAUGAGGCUACCCGCAUAUGAGUUAAGACGUCGCUUGUACAUAAUAUUCCGCGGCGAGGAAGGCUUAGACUACGGUGGUGUCAGCCGAGAAUGGUUCUUCCUCCUUUCGCACGAAGUCCUAAAUCCCAUGUACUGUCUCUUCGAAUACGCGAACAAAAACAACUACAGCCUUCAAAUAAACCCAGCGAGUUACGUCAAUCCCGACCACCUUCUCUACUUCAAGUUCAUAGGACGGUUCAUAGCAAUGGCCUUAUACCACGGAAGAUUCAUAUACUCCGGCUUCACGAUGCCAUUUUACAAGCGGAUGCUGAACAAGAAGCUGACUAUGAAGGACAUUGAGUCCAUCGAUCCGGAAUUUUAUAACUCCUUGGUGUGGAUCAAGGAUAAUGACAUAGAUGAGUGUGGACUUGAGAUGUGGUUUAGUGUCGAUUUUGAGGUGCUCGGGCAAGUUAUACAUCACGAGUUAAAACCUGCUGGUGAUAAGGAGCGAGUUACUGAGGCAAAUAAAGAGCAGUACCUACAAUUAGUGACUCAGUGGCGUAUGUCAAGAGGAAUAGAGGAACAAACAACGGCUUUCUUAGAUGGAUUUAAUGAGGUGGUUCCCCUGGAAUGGUUAAAAUACUUCGACGAGCGCGAAUUGGAGCUGAUGCUGUGCGGUAUGCAAGAAGUUGAUGUAGACGAUUGGCAACGGAAUACCAUUUACCGACAUUACACGCGCACUAGCAAACAGGUCGCUUGGUUCUGGCAGUUUGUUCGACAAAUGGAUAACGAAAAGCGCGCAAGAUUACUUCAGUUCGUAACUGGCACGUGUCGAGUUCCCGUCGGCGGUUUCGCAGAACUCAUGGGAUCUAAUGGACCUCAACGAUUUUGUAUAGAGAAGGUCGGCAAGGACACUUGGCUGCCUCGAUCGCACACUUGCUUCAACCGCCUGGACUUGCCUCCCUACAAAAGCUACGAACAGUUGUGCGAAAAGUUAAACUUUGCGAUCGAAGAAACGGAGGGUUUCGGACAAGAGUGAUUAAUUCACUAGUAUUAGUAAAUGUAAUAUAAAUUUUAUCACCAUAAAUUAAUUGCACCAUUCCUCCUAAAGAGGCAUUUAUACCAAUGAAUUUGGUGCCGUCAAUAGACCAACCAAAUGUUGUAAGAAAUAUUUUGUUUUAACGUUUAUUUUUUAAUUAUUAUGUAGAUAUCAUUAGUGUAUUAUCAGUUGUAUAUUAAGAUAUAUUUUGUUUGAACUGUAUUUAAAGUUCUUCUAUAAAGUUCAAUAAAAUGACAAAAAUG